ACCUGCUAGAACCAGUGAAGACAGUUAGGUUUGAUUGGGACACCUGGAGCUAAUCAAGGACCGGCUGGACCUGGUUAAAAGCCUCCCCUUUAGUCAGUUUAGGGGUGCAGCAGGAGUGAUGGAAGGAGGAUGUGCUGCUGGAGAGCAGGAACUGGAGAGACACUGUCAAGUACCAGGAGGGAACCUCGCAGAGCAGCAGGCUGCCCCACGAACACAGCCAGGUGCUCUUAUCAGCUGCACCAUGGCAGGGGAAAUAGUCUACGCCGACCUGCACCUCGCCUCCGGCUUUCCCAGCUCCAGGAUGCCUCUUUCAGCUCAGCCCCUCAGUCCCCCGAGUCCCCGGUGGCAUCGGACAGCGUUGUGGGUCGGAUGGAUUGGGAAUAUUGUCCUGGUGAUUGCUGUGAUAGCGCUCGGGAUUUGGGAGACUGUCCGGUUUGGCCAAUGUACAUGACCGGUCGUCCUCACUCCCACCGACGCUGCUUUGCAGUUUCCCUUUUAGUGUCUGAGAAGAGACAGACGCCGGCAGCCCCCGAUUGUGCAGGAGCUGGGAGCAGAGACACCAGCACAGCAGAAUGCAGCGCCCACCUGGAGCGUUUCCGAUCCCAGCUGACCCAACGUCUGUGCCACCCGGCCCAGCCCGGCCCAGCAGGGGGCUCCGGGUGCAAACUCUGCCCCACGGACUGGCAGCUGCGCGGGGACAAGUGCUACUGGGUCUCCAGAAGAGGUAAAAUGUGGAGCGAGAGCCGCGCCGACUGCUCAGCGAGGGGCUCCCAGCUGCUGGUGAUCCGGGACCGGGAGGAGCUGGAGUUCCUAAAGGACCUGACACAAAGUUCAAAUCAGUUCUGGGUCGGACUGUCCGUCCCCUCCCCGGAGAAGGUCUGGACCUGGCUGGACGGUUCCCGGCUGGAUCAGACCCAGCUCCCGGUGUCAGACCCGGCUGACGGGAGCAGUUGUGGGGUGGUGAAGGGGAAUCAGAUUCAUUCUGACAUCUGCGGCUCUGUACUUCAGUGGAUUUGCCAGAGAGACCCCGUCCCACUCUGAACAAGGUCCCACUCUGAGCUCUCUUCCCCGGCCCGGCCAUUGCUCCCGUCCGGCCUGUGACUUGACGCACCUCUGCCCAUCCUGCCCUAAGGGAUCGUUAACUCCUGUCACUAACGAUGGGGUCUCAGCUUCCCCAGUCAGGCUGACGUGCUGUCCACUUGCUACCUCCUCAGAGCAUCGCUAAGGGGAUCAGAGCCCCGAUCCCAAACGGAGCUUUUCCCUGCGUGUUGCUGGGUGAUGUCUGGGGUCACUGUCUGUGUCAGAGGAGCAGGAUUGGGAUGCUCGGUGGCAGUGCAGGGAGCACCCCGGGGAGGGCUGGGGGCUAACGAACGCCCUGGUACUCAGGGACCCGGCACCCAGGAGGAGAUGGACUGGGAAAGCUGGAGGGCAGGUUGGCUGGACAAGCCAAACAGACCCCAGUGUCUUUAGGAGCCGCCCCACCCCCGACAGCUGGGCCUGUGACUGCCAGAGAACAGAACUGGGCUGGUCUGCGGGAGAGACAGGGCUGCCAAGCGCAGACUCAUUUUGGGUUUGGUCACUGGGGCUGGACGAAUGCUCCCUGCUGACGGUGAUGUCAGGGGAGGGAGGCAGUGUGGCCUAGUGGAUAGCACACUGGCCUGGGACAGGGAAGGCUGGGUUCUGUUCCUGGCUAUGUUACAAAAGGGCCACCCUGGUGUUUGCUGCACCCUCUCUAGCCCCCCAGCUGAUGAGCAGGAUGCCCGGGCCUGCUGGGUGACUCCGUGUAAGACACUUCAUCUCUUUGGGUUUGUCUGCACCAGGGGUUCUCCAAUGUCAUUGCACCUGGGGACGGGGGGCUGGAACCUGAGCCCUGCCACCCAGGGCUGAAAUCCUCAGGCUUCGGCCCCAGGCAGUGGGGCUCCGUCUUCAGCUUCAGCCCCAGCAACACCAGCCCUGGCGACCCCAUUAAAAUAGUGUCACGACCUAAGAGCCCUCUGAGUUUCACAGCCGCCCAGUUACCGAUUAAGCCGCAUGCAGGGGCCCAGGGCUGCAGCGGGCUGAGAUGACUCUACCCCAGCAUGGAGCUGCCCCGGAUUUGCUGCGGCUGGGUGGGAGGAGCCCCUCCCUAGGCCAAGCCCGACCUGGGUCUGGGUUGUAGCAGGCUGGCGUGUCUGGCUCAACAAGGCAGGGUGCUGGAGUCCCAAGCUGGCAGGGGAAACGGGAUCAGAGGUAGUUUCAGCACAUCAGGUAACAGU